CGCCACUAGGGCAGGGCCUGCGGGCGAGUCAGGUGGAGGCGCCGCAUCCCGGGUCUCCCGCAGGGCUCGUGGGCGGGCCGGGGCCGGGCGCGACGCCCCUGCGGGCCCGCGGCGCCUCUCCCACGCUCCCAGCUCCUCCCACUCCUCUUCCUUCCUUCCCCUUAGCCUCCCGGGAGCCGCCGGCGGACGCGAGCCGCGGCGAGCGCCCGAGCUUUGUGUGCGCUCGCCGGCCCGGGGCGAACCUCGGGCGGCCCAACUUUGCGUCUCCUGGCCGGCUCCCAGGCGGGAGUUGUGAGGCGUGGCUGGGUGGAGAAGGCGCUCGGGGGGCGGGGGACUCCCUGCGGGCGGGACAGAGCGAGCCGCGCUGGACAAUGAGCUGAGCAGCUCAACGCUGCGGCCACUUUUAGGAGGGGCGCGGGCCAUCCGGCUCCUCGGCGGCUCAGCGGCCCCACCUGUGAGGAGAGGGCGGGAUGCCAGAGCCAGGUGUCCCGGCACUCUGAGCCUUCCCCUCCCCCCCGCCACCCGCGCUCAUACGUCCCUGAACUGAUUCUCGCAUUGACACUAGGCUACCCGGAGGAUUUGGCUGGGACGUUUUUUGUGGGGGAGCCUUCGGAGCAGCCGUGAUGGCCAGCACCAGGAGUAUUGAGCUGGAGCACUUUGAGGAACGGGACAAAAGGCCGCGACCGGGGUCGCGGAGAGGGGCGCCCAGCUCCUCGGGAGGCAGCAGCAGCUCGGGCCCCAAGGGGAACGGGCUCAUCCCCAGCCCGGCGCACAGUGCCCACUGCAGCUUCUACCGCACGCGGACCCUGCAGGCUCUGAGCUCAGAGAAGAAGGCCAAGAAGGCGCGCUUCUACCGGAAUGGGGACCGCUACUUCAAGGGCCUGGUGUUUGCCAUCUCUAGCGACCGCUUCCGGUCCUUCGAUGCGCUGCUCAUGGAGCUCACCCGCUCCUUGUCGGACAACGUGAACCUGCCCCAGGGUGUCCGCACCAUCUACACCAUCGACGGCAGUCGGAAGGUCACCAGCCUGGACGAGCUGCUGGAAGGUGAGAGUUACGUGUGUGCAUCAAAUGAACCAUUUCGUAAAGUUGAUUACACCAAAAAUAUUAAUCCGAACUGGUCUGUGAACAUCAAGGGUGGGACAACCCGAGCCUUGGCUGCUCCCUCCUCGGUGAAAAGUGAAGUGAAGGAAAGUAAAGAUUUCAUCAAACCCAAGUUAGUGACUGUGAUUCGAAGUGGAGUGAAGCCUAGAAAAGCUGUGCGGAUCCUUCUAAAUAAGAAGACUGCUCAUUCCUUUGAACAGGUGUUGACAGAUAUCACCGAAGCCAUUAAACUAGAUUCAGGAGUGGUCAAGAGGCUCUGCACGCUGGAUGGAAAGCAGGUUACUUGUCUGCAAGACUUUUUUGGUGAUGAUGAUGUUUUUAUUGCUUGUGGACCUGAAAAAUUCCGUUAUGCCCAAGAUGACUUCGUCCUGGAUCACAGUGAAUGCCGUGUCUUGAAGUCAUCUUAUUCUCGCUCCUCAGCUGUUAAGUAUUCUGGAUCUAAAAGCCCUGGGCCCUCUCGACGCAGCAAAUCACCAGCUUCAGUAAAGAGGGGUGGCCACCACUCCAGUGCCUACUCUGCAGCCAGAUCCCCAGUUAACGGAACUCCCAGCAGCCAGCUGUCUACUCCUAAAUCAACAAAAUCCUCUAGCUCUUCUCCAACUAGCCCAGGAAGUUUCAGAGGAUUAAAGCAGAUUUCUGGACACGGCAGAUCUUCUUCCAAUGUAAAUGGUGGACCUGAACUUGGUCGUUGCAUGAGUCCUGAAGGUGUGAAUGGAAACAGGUGUUCUGAAUCAUCAACUCUUCUUGAGAAAUACAAAAUCGGGAAGGUUAUUGGUGAUGGGAAUUUUGCAGUAGUCAAAGAGUGCAUGGACAGGUCCACUGGAAAGGAAUUUGCCCUGAAGAUUAUAGACAAAGCCAAAUGUUGUGGAAAGUUUAGCAUUUGCACUGUCAUUUGCCAACAUUCACUGAGUGACUACUUGGACAAGCACAGUGCAUUCAGCGCUGGAGAAAUGGCCCACGAGCACCUGAUUGAGAAUGAAGUGUCCAUCCUGCGCAGGGUGAAACAUCCAAAUAUCAUCAUGCUGGUUGAGGAGAUGGAAACAGCUACUGAGCUCUUUCUGGUGAUGGAACUGGUCAAAGGUGGAGAUCUCUUUGAUGCAAUUACCUCUUCAACCAAGUACACUGAGAGAGAUGGCAGUGCGAUGGUGUACAACCUGGCCAAUGCUCUCAGGUAUCUUCAUGGCCUCAGCAUCGUGCACAGAGACAUCAAGCCAGAGAACCUCUUGGUGUGUGAAUAUCCUGACGGAACCAAGUCCUUGAAACUGGGAGACUUUGGGCUGGCCACUGUGGUGGAAGGCCCUUUAUAUACAGUCUGUGGCACGCCGACUUAUGUGGCUCCAGAAAUAAUUGCUGAAACUGGCUAUGGCCUGAAGGUGGACAUUUGGGCAGCAGGCGUGAUCACAUACAUACUUCUCUGUGGAUUCCCGCCAUUCCGAAGUGAGAACAAUCUACAGGAAGAUCUCUUUGACCAGAUCUUGGCUGGGAAGCUGGAGUUCCCAGCCCCAUACUGGGAUAACAUCACGGACUCAGCAAAGGAACUAAUCAGUCAGAUGCUUCAGGUAAAUGUCGAAGCUCGGUGUACUGCUGGAGAAAUCCUGAGCCACCCCUGGGUGUCAGAUGAUGCCUCCCAGGAGAAUAAUAUGCAAGCAGAAGUAACAGGUAAACUCAAACAGCACUUUAAUAACGCGCUCCCCAAACAGAACAGCAUCACCACCGGGGUCUCGGUUAUCAUGAACACGGCUCUAGAUAAGGAGGGGCAGAUUUUCUGCAGCAAGCACUGUCAGGACAGCAGCCGACCUGGGAUGGAGCUGACCUCUCCAGUCCCUCCCUCAGCCGAGGAGCCCCCCGUGUCCAUGACGGCAGCCCCGGCCCCUGCCCCCGCCCCUCUGGAAUCGCCCACACGCCCUUGUUCCCCUGCUGCCGUUGGCUGCGAGCGGGCAGGGACCUGGCGCCGCCACCGUGACUGAGCCCCAGGCCGAUGGGCUGGAUCCUGCCGCACCGCUGGGAAGCCCCUCUUCUGUCCGGGCCUGCCGCGCAGUCCCCUCACUGAAGAGCCUUUCUCCGCUGCCUGCCAUUGGGAAGCUUGCUGGCACCCGGGAGGGCCGCCAGGAGCCGGGAGCUCUAUGCCAGGGGUUUGCUUCUUUUCGUACUCUGGGCUCUGCCCUCUGGUUCCUGGAGGGUCCUAUGCAGUGUUAGCCUUGGUGACAGAGUGGCUCAUUUUAAAUUAUUUGUCUUCGGUUCAUUUUACAGUGUCACCAGGAGAAUGUGCAACUUUUAUCUGGGAUUUAAUGCAUUUUUAUAGAAACAUUUUGGAUGAAUCAAGAUCUCUCCCCUAUUUAAGUAAACUCGGAAUAUUCCUUUUUUUCUUACGAAGAACUUAAGAGCUGCAUUUGUCCCUUUGUGGGUGUCCUGUGAGAGGUGGCACAGCACCUUCCUUUGCUGUUGGGGUUUGGAGGACUGGCUUUCUGAUGGGAGAAAUGAGCACCCAAGAGGACAGUCUGGUCAUCGGACACUAAUUCCAGACUUUGAGAAGUGCUUCCCGGUGCCUCAGGAAGCAGCCCACCAUAUAGCUUGGGGUGCUGGGUUUACCUAAGAUGACACUGGAUAUUUAUUUGUACACAGACCCCAGGGGAAUGUCACUUUGCUCCCUAGACAUUGUGUGUUCUCCCCCCCUCCAACUCUUCCCACGUAUGUAUUAGGAAAUGCUAACGAAGUCGUCCUUUGGGCUUUUUCAUGAAAGGCUUGGCGCAUGCAGCAUCACCCCGGCCAUGGCGGCUUCUUCUCAGCAGGCCGGCUUCCAGCAGAGCAGGAAAAACUAGGCAUCUGAGCAGCCACCAGACUCUUUUGUCAUCUACUUGCCGUCUGGAGCUGGCGGGAAACACCUGAGGAAACAUGGGCCGAACACAGUCAGGACUGGGGCGGGAAGGUGCUCCGCAAACAUCCUCUGUCAUUAACCUUCUGGAAGGCUGCUGGCAGUUUUUCCUUUUUCCCCUCACUACCCUGCCCUUUUUAAUAGUUGUACAUAGUCGGUAGAUUUGUUUUACCCACUCAGCUUCUAAACUGGUGGGCCCUGUAGUUCAUUCUCAUUGUUAGACUUUUGCCUCUUACAAGUGUACCCGACCUGCAAUAAACCCUUCUUGAGAAAAAAGCAAUGGGGGUGGGCAGAGGAUUGUGUGGUGGUGUUUUGCGGGGUAUGUGUGAUCAAAGCACACCUCCUUGCCCCAGUCUGGCAGGUGUAUCCGUGUCUUUUUAUGAAGUUUUGGGUGAGGAGGGGGAAGAGAGAGUGAUGCUUGGGAAGCACACAUGCAAAUGCAUCUUGGUCCAAGUGUAUUUGGUAACAGGUGCAGAAACCCACAACGAAAGCUCAGGAAUAAAAAGGAGUUAUUAGCGUACAGCAGAGGAAUCCUGGGGAGCCAGGCUUUAUAGAAAAUGGGGAGUCAGGGCAGCCAUUCCCCUGCCUCCUGUUUGUCACUGUCUGUGACUCAGAGGCUGGACUGUCUCCUGUCUGCUGGGUGCAUCUCAGCUCCCGGUGUGUGUUCUCUCCUCACGCCUCCUUGCUGGCAGCGGUCGUGUAGCCUGGUGCUGCUUCUGUGCCCAGCUUCCCAAGGCUGUCCGAUGGCAGGCCUCAAGACCAUCUACUUCAGCUCUGGAUCCCUUCAUUCACACUGCUGAAAGAGUGAGGCCAUCUGCCUGGCCCCAGCCACGCGGUCAUUUCUCCCCGGGCUGGUGCUGGCUCACGAUUCGAUUCUGGAGGCCGGUUACAAAACGCAGAUGGGCUUCCCGGGCCCACAGCUGCAGCAGGUACAGGCCUCAGGAGGAGGGCAGUUUCCAAAAAGCUGUGAUGUACAGGCCUAGACCCUUCUGCAUGUCUCUGUCCUCACUGAGGAGUUAAAGAGCAAGCCUUUUCACGGCUUCCGAUGGAAAUAUUUUUGUUACUGGCGCAGGAAGAGCUUGUGUAAAGGAAAGAGGAGAACACGGAAGUAGGGAUGGAGCAUGGCCUCUGGCAGUGAUCAGAGUCUGAAACCUGAGCCCCUCCCUGGGACUGAGGUCCAAAGGCAUUUGCUGACAACUUAAGAACGUAAGUGCCAGGGCAGCCAGUCACAGCUGAUAAGACGAAGGAGCAUCUUGUGUCCAGCACGUGCUCCCGCCCUCUGUGCCCCCCUCACGUGGCCGGGGACUUGGUGGGGGAGGAUGGCCUGCAGAUGGGACGUGGCAUGAGCAGGUGUGACAGCACGGCCUAGCAGUCCUUCUGGGACUCUCUUAAUCCCACAGAUACCUCGAGUGAUGUGUGCUGGUAAAGGAGCAAACCAGGCAGUUGGUGGCACAACCUAAGUCACAGGACUGGCAAGAGUCAGUUACCAUGCCGCUUUAGGUUCUUCCAUCUCCAAAGCAGUGCUCUUCGGAGGUACCCUGUACCCUCGGGGGGUGCAAAUCUAGGCCUGGAUGUGAGUGGUCAUCUAAGUAAGGAUCCUUAGUAAAGGCUCUGACUCCACAGGUAAGUUGUUCAUUUGCCCAUGUGUUUAGAAAACAUUCGUUGAGCUCUCUUCUGUUCUCAGAAUCCAGAUUAAACACAGGUAUGUAAUUGCUAGGUUCCUCCACUCUUGCACGCUGAGAGUGGCAUGUCCUUGUUGGACGUUCAUUCCCUUACUCCAGCAGGGGAUCUGCGUCUGGGGAAACUGGUCUUCGAAGGGGCAGAAAAAGGGGAGUGGCGGCCUGUUGAAACCAUCAUGGGGUGCUUGCCAGGCUCAGCGCCUGGGCCACGAGUCAGGGCGGGUGUCUCUCUUUUUUCAAAAAGCUUGCCGUGAUAUGGAAAUACGUGGAAUAUAUGGAUUGAAAACAUUUGGCAAAACUUCCCCCCGAAUAUUUUCAUGGAUAUGACUGUGAAAUGUGAAUUUGAAAAGAGUGAGGACAGUUCAGCACAGACCAUAUGGAAAGAGAAAGGGUGCCAGCCAACGGUGUUGAGAAAGACUUCUAGAGCAGCGUGCC